CAAAAGUGUAGGACCGCAUCACGUUCGCCUCUUCGCCGCAAGUGACAGUGCUCGCGUGCCAUCGAUACUCGCCCUGCGCAUCAAUGCUGGCCCGUACAGCCCGGUCGCCGGCAUGGACCAAGCAGGCCUACGUGUGUCGCGCAUGUCGUCGGCAAUGGCAGAUUGAGCGAGCAUACCAGCGACGAUGGAACAGCCAGAACGCACAGAGCUCGGGCUUGCUCUCCGACGAAUGGUUCGCCAUCAACGACAUCAAUGAAUCUUUCGGCGAUCAUAAAAUAGGCUCCCCGCAGCGACCGAAGGAAAAAGAAGAAGGAGUGCAGAAGAACAGUUCAAAAGACAACAGGGACGGCAGAGUUGCCGGACCAGAUGGCGUGGCAGGGCAAGACUUUGGAUCUUUACAGAGUUCGCUAUCCGACUCGCUUCCUGCAGCGGAUCGUCGAAGACUCAAAGAGACUCGGGUAGCCAACGAGAUCUCUAAGCGGAAAGAUGCCGGCUUCAAGGCAGCCUUCCUCUCUGGGGAAUCACGGCAUCGAGAUCGCAGCACAGCUCGGACUGGGGCCGUGGCCCCCAACGAAGAUAUAAUGGCGACCUUGAUGCGCGACCUACAAGCAGAGGCGAGGAUCAAAGCAGUGGAACAAGACUUGGAAAUUGGUCGAUCACUGGGAGAGGUUGAAGACGAUGAUACAGAAUCCAAAGUCUCACCUACCCGGCGGGAUGCUGGGCCGAGACCGUUUCCGAAUUUUCGAGGCGGACCAUCGCAGACCGUCGCCAGUGCCAUAGCACCCGCAAGCAAGGCAUCUGAAGUGCCAAGCAGUGACUCUGCGCCGCCGAAGGUCUGGAAGGCCAAAACAUCGCCUGCAGAACGUGGACUAGGUGGCUCAAUCACGCCUAGUGACCUGUCGGGGAGGCCCACCUCCCUACUCGACCGCCACAGGGAGACACAGCCUCGUAAUGCAUGGGGCGCGAGCGAUAGCGCAUCAUCUAGUCUUCCGUCAAAGGUCACAUACAAGUCACUCUCCGAAGCUGAUCGGACAUCGGCUCCGAAACAAGCAGCAGGCACACCUACUGGAGCACGUCCAUUUGGCUUGGCUGCUAAAGUGAAGGCCAUGUGGAGAGGUAUCUCGCAACCUACCGCUCAAGAUGGGUCGCAACCAUCCGCCAACCAGAAGCAUUCACCCAAAGCUGAGCAGCCCGCCGGCAUUGAUAGUCUGCGCUCACGACUCCUCAGCAGUUCUGAGCUUAGUGGCAGUUCAAGUGGAGACGGCGAAUCAACAGUUCGUCGCGAUGACUCUGAGGAAAUUGCGCCUGUCGAUAACGCAGCCACAGAAAGCCUUCAGAAAUUACAUGCUAGUAGACUUCGGACCUCUGACAACGCCGUCGAGGAGCUGUCACAAACCUCGGCGGAAACAGUUGUAUACUCAGACGCAGAGGAGCGCAGGCUACAACAAAGAAUUCGAGAUCUGGAAUCAAAACGUCCUUCGGGUCGAAACAGGGCGACGCGUAAAGAUCGUUUGCGUAGGGCGCGACAGCUUCUGUCCAAAUUACGCGCUUCUCGUGGCGAGAGCCUGGACGGCAGCGAUGGAGCCACUGCGCAUGCGUCUCCAUCCAGGCCGGACCCUCGGGAAUCAAUGACCAUGUCCGCAGUGGCGGAGGAGCAGUCCGACAACAAUGGUGGAUCCGCAAACAUGGUUGUUGUCGGCAAUGACUCUGCAGAUUUACAGGCUUCCGGCGCCAGCACAACUCCAGUUACUGGAAAAUCACUUGGCGAGGCUAUGAGAACUGGCACAGCAAAUUCAAAAACCACACACAGGCUACGCAGAUUAACGAGAGCCAGCAACGAGGUUGUUCUUGAUAUGCGCAGAUCAGCGACGAUCGAGAGUGAAGUAGCCACGCAACAUACAGAUCCAGUCGAGAAUGAUGACGAGGCGGAAGAAAGCUCGCAAGUGGAUGUGCUGUCGGUUCAACCCUCUGAAUUGCAGGUGCAGCCUCUCAACAUACCGCAGCCGCCCGUGCCUUACCUCGAAUACGGCUUGGAUAGGGUGCUCUUCAACCCAGGCGUCUAUCAGCUGCAGGAUGCGGCGUCGCGUGUUUACAACUUUGACCCUUAUCUGCAAAAAAUCAUGCCGGUUGAACAGUUCGAUUUCAAUUCACUGAAGGAAUACAAGACUUCAUCUGAGGAUACUGCGCUUUCUGCGAUAGCGAAGCAGGAGAGUGCCCGAUACAUUGGCUCGACAUCAAGCAUGACAGGAUCGCUCGCGCACUUCCAUUACCUAAUCUCUAAUUGGCGACCUCUGGGCUUGGACAUGCUAUCCUAUGGGUACGCCGGCGGCAACAAACCGCCGAUUGCAGAGUUCACAAAGAUCAAUAAGGCGCCCAGCGCGAUCUUUCUGAGGUGGCAGGAUGGUUGCUACGCCAUCGAUGCGGACAAGGAAUUCGAUAGCGGGAAUGUACUGAUGCUGUUGGGCAAGUCCUUGGAACUGCUUCUCACAUUGCCGAAAGACGAAUACGAGAAGUACCGCAAGAGUGAUCCGCGGAUGGUGCCAGAAGAGCAACGUCUAGCACCUGAGAGCUAUCAGUACAGUACGAUGGGUGACUUUUUAAUGCGAUCCCAGCUUGACGCACAUGACCCUCGGUUGCCUGGUAAUGGCACGUUCGAUCUCAAGACCCGCGCGGUGGUUUCUGUGCGCAUGGCGUCUCACGACCAUGAGCCUAUGACUGGGUAUGAGAUCUAUGGCAACCACGGGCGGUGGGGCUCCUACGAGAAGGAGUAUCAUGACAUGGCGCGUGCUACAAUGCUCAAGUAUAUGCUUCAGGCUCGUAUGGGUAUGAUGAACGGAAUCUUCGUGGCAUACCACAAUGUCAAGAGAAUGUUCGGAUUUCAGUAUAUCCCCAUCUCUGAAAUGGACAGGAUUCUUCACGGACAGCCCGACACCUGCCUUGGAGAUCAGGAGUUUAAAGCUAGUCUGAAGAUCUUGAACGAUCUCUUGAACAAAGCAACAACGAAAUAUCCGGAACAGUCUUUACGGAUUCACUUCGAGACGAAGCCUGCCAUUGGUGAGACGCCGGCUGAGCUGCAUAUGUUCGCUGAGCCGAUGAUUGAGGAAGAAAUCAGAAAGAUUCAAGACAAGCCAAAGGAAAAGAUUGCGGAGUUUGAGCGGAAGAUCAUGGGCAAGGAGGACGUUCAAACGGUCGACGAGACGGACAGUGCUGGAAAGGAAACAGUGGAAGGCUCUUCCGAAGUAUCCUCUGCAGGUUCUCGCCAGCCUGGCGAUGAUGCUACUGCACUCGCUCGCAGCAGACUUGACUACAAGUCGACUGAUACGCCUGCAGACAAGCCGUUCCUGAACGAGGUGCAAGAAACCGAGACCAGUGAGCUCAGGCCUCUGUUCUAUGCCAAAGUCGUGGUCCAAUCGCGAGUCAACGGUUCCAUACCAACUGAAGGACGUCCUCAGAACCUCAAAGCCAGCGACACAUGGGAGCUCGAUUACCUCAUUCGGGAAGCUGAGGUCUCAAGACACGUGUGGGCGCUGUACGACGACACCCGCGCAAGGCGAAAGGCGGCAUUGCACUUUGAUCGAGAGGAGGCAGACGCGGCAGAUGGCGAAGGCGAGGGCAAAGUCAAGGAGACAGACCAUUUCAUCGAAUUCUUGAAAAACAUGAGCAGGAAAGGAGAGAUAAUUCGCGAAAAGCAGGAUCUGGCAGAUGCCGAGAGCGGUCAGCCGGUGGUCAGAGUUGACGAACCACUGCCUCGUCACCGCGAGAAGAUUGAGACGUUGGAAGACUAUCUUGCAUGGAUGUACAAAAGGGAGCAAGCGUAGACGGUGUACAGCCUCCAGCGAGGAUUCUUGAAAUGUACGAUAAUUGCAUAGCGCGGAGUCGGUACGUGGAGUGAGAGAUGCUGAUGAGCAUUGAUGAUGUAGUAGCACGACUAUACGAGCAAUAGCCCUGUGGAGGCAAUGCAUGGCGAACAACCACG